CCGGGAAACAGGGCGGAAAGCGCGGAGCUCCGCGCUGAGAGAGAGCCGCCAAUCAGUUUAAACAGCAGAGCAGCGCCUCACCACAGGGAGAGGGCGAGAGGAUGAGCAGAGCCGCUCCGGGGGAACCAGACAAACCCUGAGCACAGGGAGGCCCCGGCUCCGGCUUAGCCACAGGGCGGGGAGGCCCGGCCAGGCCCCGGGCCCCGGGACUGGGUGUGAGCGAACCCCGGGCUUCGGGCCUGAGCCGGUCAGCGGGCUGUGUGCCGCCCCCCCCCCCCCCCGGGGCGGAGCGAGCGUAAGCGAGUCCCGGGCUUCGGGCCUAGAGCCGGUCACCAUGACUCUGGCCCCCAAAGAGCUGACCAACCUGAUCAGCAUCAUCUCGGAGGAGGCGACGAGCACCACCUUCGAGGGCCUGUCCACCGCCUUCCACCAUUACUUCGGCAAACAGGAGCACUUCCGCCUGGGCUCGGCGCUGGUCAUGUUGCUGCAGCAGCCGGACCUGCUGCCCAGCCCCCAGCAGCGCCUCACCGCCCUCUACCUGCUCUGGGAGAUGUACCGCACCGAGCCGCUCGCCGCCAACCCCUUCGCCGCCGUCUUCGCCCAUCUCCUGAACCCGGCCCCGGCCGUGGAGGAGCAGGAGAAGCAGCUGCUGGGUUUCUUACCACCUAUUACUCCUCCAGAGAAGUUUUUUCUGUCUCAGUUGAUGUUGGCUCCUCCGAGAGAGCUGUUCAAGAAGACUCCUCGACAGAUAGCAUGUAUGGAUGUGGGAAACAUGCCUCAGUCUGUAGACAUUAGUGGUCUGCAAUUGGCUUUGGCGGAGCGCCAAUCUGAACUGCCAACACAAAGCAAAGCUAGUUUUCCCAGCAUCCUUCCUGACCCUGAUCCAGAUUCCUCCAACUCUGGAUUUGACAGUUCUGUUGCAACGCAAAUUAUAGAAGCUUUAGUGAGUGGGCCAAGGCCACCAAUAGAAAGUCACUUUCGUCCAGAAUUUAUUCGUCCUCCUCCUCCACUUCAUGUUUGCGAGGAUGAACUAGCUUGGCUCAACCCAACAGAACCUGACCAUGCAAUCCAGUGGGAUAAAACUAUGUGUGUUAAGAACAGCACUGGUGUGGAGAUCAAGCGAAUAAUGUCAAAGGCAUUCAAGAGUCCUUUGUCUGCACAGCAACAGACUCAGCUCCUUGGUGAAUUAGAAAAAGAUCCAAAGUUGGUUUAUCACAUUGGUCUGACUCCUGCCAAGCUGCCUGACCUAGUAGAAAAUAAUCCAUUGGUUGCCAUAGAGAUGUUGCUGAAGCUGAUGCAGUCGAGCCAGAUCACAGAGUAUUUUUCUGUACUUGUGAAUAUGGAUAUGUCCCUCCAUUCCAUGGAAGUUGUAAAUAGGUUAACCACAGCGGUUGAUCUUCCCCCAGAAUUUAUUCACCUCUAUAUUUCAAAUUGUAUCUCCACGUGUGAACAGAUUAAGGAUAAGUACAUGCAGAACCGUCUGGUGCGCCUUGUUUGUGUCUUUCUCCAAUCUUUGAUCAGAAACAAAAUAAUCAAUGUCCAGGACUUGUUCAUUGAAGUACAGGCGUUCUGCAUCGAGUUCAGUCGGAUUCGAGAAGCAGCUGGUCUUUUCCGAUUACUCAAGACGCUGGACACUGGAGAAAAUCCUUCUGAAGCAAAAUCGUCAAAAUAACAGGAGGCAGGUUCAUAGCUCCAUGAGACUACUAUCACACACCUUUGUCAUGUGUUGGAACUUUUUUAGUGGUUUCAGUGAUUUAACAAAAAUAGUUUUGUUAAAGUGUAAGCCUUUCUUAAUAAGCAAGUUUCCCAAAGAGGACCGGAUUUAUUUUCUUGUUAUACAAGCGUGUAAACAUACUGAUGAGCAUUUUGGUUACUGUUUUGAGGGUAGAGUUGCUUAUGUAGCAAUGCACAUCACUUUUGCUAACUCCUAUUUAAUUUGGUAGGGUGCACUUUCUACAGUAUAAAAUUGCAACCAGUUUAUUUCCAUUCUUGCAUAACACAUGUAUAUGGAAGUUAGUUUAUUCAAUGCAAACAGAUUGAAAGUUAAAUAUUUGUGCACCAUGUUUGAAUUGAGAAGUUGAUGGAAGUUGGUUGUAAGGUUUAUUUUUAAUUAAAAUGCUGAAGAUUUGAAUCAAUCAAUUUUGUUUAAAACCAGAACCAAAUUGAAAUCUUUGUCUCUCCCUGUAUUUGUGAACUCCAUACAAAUUGUCUUACUGUAGUAUCUGAAUCUAACAUAGUCUGGUUGGUCAUUUGUGUGGUUUAAAUAGUGAUGUAAAAUCCUCAACAAGAAAAACAUGAUUAUAAUCUGGUGUCAGUAAGCAUGGGUGCUUUCUGGCUUAGUGCCUGUUCAAUAAAUGUAGGAUUUGAGACUGCAUAUUUUGACAUCAAA